ACGAAAGCGUUCUCUCAUGUCAGUGAAACGACGUCGUAAUUUGACAACAAAAUCGAUUAAAAGAUUUUAAUGCUCUAGUUUCGCAAACCGAAGUUCUUUACAGAUCAUCUUCCUCUGCUUUCCACCCAUUUCUCCUUCCAAACAAACCCAAAUCGCUUUGUUUUUCUCUUUAAAAUUUGCUUUUUACAGAGCAAGAAAGAAAGGCAUGGCAGAAGAAGAAACAGAGCUGAGCGAGGAGCAAAAGAAAGAAAUCGCCAAAUGGUUCCUCCUCAACGCUCCCGCUGGCGAAAUCCAAUAUGUAGCCAAAGAUUUAAAAUCGGUUUUAAAUGAUGAUGACGUGUACAAUGAGGCGGCUUCGGAGGCAUUUCCCUUUUACAACAAAUCUCACAUGAUUUGCCUCGAACUGCCUGGUAGAUUUGGAGAUGUGCUGAUUACAUCAUAUGGGGAGCUUCAGGAUAACGAGUAUCUAGACCCCAAGACUGCCCAAGUUGCUAUAGUUGAUCAUGUCAAACAGGUUUGUACAGAAGUGAGACCUGCGACUGAUGAGGAGCUACCAUCCGCGUAUAUUGAGGAAUACCGAUGUGCUCUGGAAGCAGAAAUGCUAAAGUAUGUUGGUGAAGCUUAUCCAAAAGGUUUUUGUUCAGUUUACUGUAUUAAUGGAAAAGAUGUGGAGGGCCCCGGAUCUGAUUUUGAGUUUGUUGUAGUGAUUUCUGCUGCUAGACUUAGCCCACAGAAUUUCUGCAAUGGAAGUUGGCGGUCAAUAUGGAACAUUGAGUUCAAAGAUGAUAUUCAAAUUCUGGAAUUAAAAGGCAAAUUGCAGGUGGGUGCACACUAUUUUGAAGAGGGAAAUGUGCAAUUAGAUGCAAAACAUGAAUGUAGAGAUUCUACAAUGUUUCAGUCCCCUGAUGAUAGUGCAAUUGCCAUAGCCAGUGUCAUUCGCCACCAUGAGACAGAGUACCUGGCAUCUCUUGAGGCAUCCUAUUUGAAUUUGCCAGAUACCACUUUCAAGGAUCUUCGGAGGAAACUUCCAGUUACUCGGACCUUAUUUCCAUGGCAUAACACUUCUCAAUUCAGCCUGACAAGAGAGAUAUCAAAAGAACUUGGAAUCGGGAAGUGACUAUACCUUAUCAAAAGACAUAAAGCCAAUUCCUUUUAUGCAUAAAAUCGAGUUCAACAGGAUCCCCGGUCACUGGACUGUUUGGUUUUUAGUGCAGUUCUCAGAGUUGACAACUGUUCUUUGCCUCCAACAAUCUUGAAUUUUAUAGUUAUCUGUUAUUUGGUGUGCAAGUUGUGUUCUCCUGUAAGAGUUUCUCAAUUUUGGAAGCCAUGUAUAGUACUGCUUUGAACAGUUCCAACCUUUUUUUUUUUUCUCUUGUGAUGAUUGUGGAAAAUUUCAGUACAUAUAUAUGCUUCGAGCCCUACUAUAUGUUUUAUUUGCAGAGAUCCUCUUCUGGGCUAUCAUUGCAGGCCUUUUGCAUCGAUUAGGAAUUUUAUUGGAAGCUUUUGACAUUACAUUUCUAAAUGUCAUUGUAAGUAUCAGAAUUUUAUUGAUGGAGGGUGUGUUUUUCCCAUCUUUCUCUUAUUCU